CAGUUUUCAUCUCUCUCUCUCUCUCUAAACUCAUUCUCAGCGCAGCGCAGCCCUUCUCCUCUUCUCUCCGUCGAACUGGUCCGGUGGUGGUCGUGGUUGGCGUCUCUGCUUCCACCUCUCCUCGCCAGCCUUCUCCCGUCGACUGACUUCUCAACUUUAACGCAAGUUGAAAAUUAUCUUAAAAUGGCUGGAAGAGCUCAAAUUCCCACUAAAAGCUCGGCUCUUAUUGCCAUGAUUGCUGAUGAGGAUACCAUUACUGGAUUUUUGUUAGCUGGAGUGGGUAAUGUUGACUUGCGUAGAAAGACAAACUAUCUUAUUGUUGAUUCCAAAACGACGGUGAAAGCAAUUGAAGAUGCAUUCAAAGAGUUUACCACAAAGGAGGACGUCGCCAUUGUUUUAAUUAGCCAAUAUGUCGCAAACAUGAUAAGGUUCUUAGUGGACAGCUACAAUACACCUAUCCCAGCCAUACUUGAGAUCCCAUCCAAGGAUCAUCCAUACGACCCUGCACAUGAUUCAGUUCUUUCUCGAGUCAAGUACCUCUUUUCUGCUGAAUCUGUGGCCUCAGAUAGACGUUGAGAAUUGCCCAUAUUCUCUUACUUUGGACUCUUGUGACACACCUUUGUAUGUUAUGCAUAGCAAGUGGGUUGCUCAUCUGCAUCUCUAUCAGAUUCUUUUUGUGCAUAUUUGGAUUCUACCUACCAUAAGAAUAAAUCAUGACAACAUAAUUUAAAGGACAUGAUUGAGCUAGUUGGUGUGAUUCUUUUCAUUCAUUUGAUGGCCUUCCUCAGAAUCUUAUUCGGAAGAACAUAUGAAUUUCCCAAUUUGGGUUUUUGUUUUAUGCCUGCCCAGUUCAGUUGUAACUCUCAUAAAGUUGAAAAGCAAAUCUUGAAUAACUAGUUUCUUUCUCUAGAAACUCAUUGAAGAAGACCUCUUCUUUCCACUCUAAUCUAUGAGAAUAUGUCUGAUAAU